AUGGAUCGACGAGUUAGAGGUAGAGAACGUGGGAGAUCAACUAGACAACACCCCGAGGGUGGUGGUGAUAGGAACCUGAGCCCCGGGGCAGUGCAUCAUCAAGGAGGCCCCAUUGAUACUGAGGAACAGGCAUUAGAGAGAUUCUUGAAGUUUGGACCUCCUAAGUUCUAUGGAGGCCCAGAACCUAAGGUAGCAGAAGGUUGGUGGAAGAGGAUCUCUGACAUUUUUGCAGCUUUAAAUUAUACGGAGGAGAGACAAGUGACUUUUGCAGCAUUCCAGUUUGAGGGAGCUACUCGUUCCUGGUGGAACCUAAUUAAGGUCAAUUGGGAUAGGAACCAUAUUCCUAGGACCUGGACGAACUUCACUCGGGAGUUCAACGCCAAGUUUUUACCCCCUCUCAUCCAAGAGAAAAUAGAGGAUGAUUUUAUCAAGUGUAGGCAGGGGGCGGUGAGUGUCGCCGAAUAUGAGAUCCAAUUCAUGAAAUUGUCCCGUUUUGCUCCUGAAUUGGUAGCCACGGAACAAAGGCGUGUAAGGAGGUUUAUGCAGGGACUAAACGUGAAAAUCCAGGAGGGAUUAGCUGCUGUUCAGAUAGACACGUUUGCUGAUGAUGCCAAGAAAAGAUUUGGCCUAGCAGCAGUCAGGAGCGACUUAUGCAAAUGCUCCACGGUUAAAGUGGGUCGAGGAACGGGUGGAGUAAAUAGUCCUGGAGCACCACGAGGCGCUCUAGCGAGAGGAACUGGGGCAAGAGGUGCAGGGGGUAGAGAUAUCGGAGCUAGAAGAGGACCAAGUAGAAGGAGUCAAACUAGGAACCGCAAGGAGGUUGCGACCACCCCUCAGGGAACUUGUGGGUAUUGCAGGAGGGCUGGCCAUACUGAGGACAGAUGCUGGAGGAAAGAAGGAAAGUGCUUGAAGUACGGAAGCAGUGAGCACCAGAUUUUCGGUUGUCCAAAAAUACAAGAAGGUGGUACUCCGAGUGCUAGGCAAGCUACUUCUUGA